AUGAAUGUCAGGUAUCCCCUGGAUACUGAAACGCUCUGUGCUCACCAGUUGGAGCUUCGCAAACAGCUGGGUCCUCUGCCGGACACCUUGAGGGUGCGUUCGAUCGAAGUCGCCAAUGUCGAGCCAAGCUCCCCUUCUCUAACCUGCUACCUGACUGAUCGUCAUGAGACGUGGAGCUCUCAUGGGUGCUCGGGGAGAAUGGUCCUACAUCGUCGCGAACUUCUACUAGCAGGCUUCGCUGCUUUUAUUGCUUGGGGUCUGCUCGUGCAGCGGUGGCCGCUUCUUCGCUAUCUGGGAUAUGCGUUGACCACUGGGGCCGUACUGUCCUCUGUCGGUCUCUUAGCCCUGUUGGCUCUUACUCGCAGAACCCGAAACCAAAUCAAUCCGGGGCGAAGAAGAUCUCCGCUCGCAUUUAUUAAGGCUGGUCAAUGGCGCAAGGAAGUGUUCAAUGUACGCAGGACCGUUCGAUACCAGCCGCGACCUCUCUACCCGCAAUCCUUCGUUGUGUCCGAAGAGAUCGACGAGCUCUUGUCACUCAUAAACAGAGACUUUGUGUUAACAUGGUACCGACACAUAAGUCCAAAUCCAAGUUUUGGACAUGAAAUCGACAGAGUGAUUCGAGCGGCGCUUGAGAAUAUCCGAGACCGAGUCCUCGCAGAAGACCUGGUUUCCUUGGUCGUAUCCCGUAUCGUUCCAAUUCUGACAAGUCAUCUGAGGGAGUUUGACGUGGCUGAGCGCUCAGUACGCGGGCGCAAUUUGGAUCGCAAUGUGACAGAAUCUGAAGAAUUAGAUUUGGCCAUUGCCAACAAGUUUCGCGAGGGCCGCCUUCACCCGGCAGUCGCACUCUCCUCAGCAGAUCAAAAGACUGUGCAGCAAGAGUACUUACGCAAGAUUGCCACGGGGCUCUUGCCUCUGCUCUUCCCGGAGAGUGUUGUCAAAAGUAGAAUUGUCUCGGUCCUGAUUCGCGAAAUUAUCGCCUGCGCAGUAUUACUCCCAGUAAUGACCGCUCUAUCCGACCCAGAUACUUGGAAUCAACUGAUGGAGAUGUAUGGAAGGACAGCGUUGCAAGAUCGCAAAACCGUGCGGAAACUUCGAGCUGCGUUGGAUGAACAUGCUUCGCCGGCCCCGAAAUCAAAACGAGGCAGCCUUUCCCGAAGCUCAAUCCUAAUGAUUCGGAACGGGCUUUCGAACGAUUUCCAGCUCAAGCGAGAGAGCAUGGUGGAAGGACAGGACCAAGUCUACAUAAAGCGUCUUGAGACUGGGAAAAGGGUUUUAGAUCAAAAAGUUGCCAAGCUCUCAACACCUGGCGAUUCAUCUCAUGCCGCUGUCUUAGCGCCUACGCAAACCACUCAGGAUGUUACAUCUAUGACUCAAGAAUCUUCAUUGGUUGAUGUGCUUCACAGUGCGACUGGCUUAUCGUAUUUCAUGGAGUUCAUGGACCGUCAGAAAUUGAUGCCUUUGGUCCAAUACUGGAUUGUUGUGGACGGGUUCAGGAACCCGUUAGAAGAUGACUUUGGCGAUGAAACUCCAUCUACAUCAGUUACAUGGACAUCGACAGACAGGAACGACCUUGCUCUUCUAAGCGAGGCUUAUCUUUCGAAACCAGAACUUCAAGUCUCCGAGGAGUCUCGGAGAGCAGUGAAAGCGUUCUUGGGCGCAGGCAAGCGUGCGACUCCUGAACAAUACCGCAAGGCUAGGACCGUGGUCUUAUCUACCCAAUCUGCAGUCUUUGAACGGCUGGAGAGCGCAUACUAUCCCAAAUUCAAGGAGUCAGACCUAUACUGGAAGUAUCUAGCUUCAGAACAGACAUCUGGUGUUCAGGCGCAUCCACUUCGGAGCUCAUCUCCAGCUUCUGUCUCCACAAACCCACCGGAACGACGGCCCUUACCUCCCCUGCGUACCGGUAUACAGCCAUCAGGAAAGCCGUCUAGGGAUCUUCGAAGAGCAGCUGUCUCAUCGAGUGACAUUCGAGGAAUGGGCAAGCUCUUUGACGAUGAGGACUCACCUCGACGAUCCAUUGACUCAGAGAGAUCUGCCCCUCUUUUCGGCGAUGACUAUGACUCGGACCACCUCGCCAUGUCCACCCACAGUUUGGGUAAGGAUUCGCAGAAUGGCGACACAGAUCCUACUCAAACCCAAGUUCUUGAAACGAUGGGGGCUGCGCUGAACGAUAUCAUUAUAAAUGAGCCUCGAGGGGCAAAGGGAGAAGACGUCAGAGGCAGCGAAACCUCCACGUCUCUUUUCGGCUCGGAAUACCCAGAACACUCGCCUGUCGGCUCCUCUGAAGCAGGACGCCAGAACGGGCCUGCGAUGGAAAGGACCAAGAAGAACAUCGCCUCUCUUGGCUUGGUUGACUAUUCAUCCCGCAAUGGUGUCUUUGAUGAUGAGCUAUUUGCAGAUCAGCAGAAAUUUAUCGAAGAUGAAUACGAAGAGCCAGUCGGCACUGAUGACAAGGAUCCAGCAGAUGAAGUUCAUGAAGCUGCACCUGGCGAUCUUGGUCUGACCGAAGCCAUCGAGGCUCUGACGAUUGAAAUCGACAAAUUGACUUCUCAAGGCUCUGUGGUCGAAGCCUUGACCAGGAAGGCCGAGCUGACGAAUAAUACUGCCGAGUUAAGGAUUUUGCAUAAAUCCAAGGUCAGCAUUGAGCGCGAAAUACAUCGCAAAGAGAUGCAACGACAGCAGUAUAUCAUCCAAGAAAGCGACAACAGUCUGUAUGGUCGAUCGAGCGUUCGUAUCAAAUCAAUUGUCGUAGGUAAAGAAGAGGAUGGUCGGGAGUUUGCCAUGUAUGUGAUUGAGGUUCAACGAAAUGCUGGUGAGCAAAUGCCUGCUGCGUCAUGGGUCGUCCCUCGCCGGUACAGCGAAUUUCAUGAACUCCACCAGAAGUUGCGCUUAAGCCGUGAUCUACGUGCCUUUCUGUCCCAGCAAGCCAUCGUUCCUCUGCAUGAAAAGGAAGGCGCACGAAGUAGCGAAGGAGAUACCCAAGAUCUUGUUACACGUAUCUACAAUUCGGUCACGGAUGGAAUGGAUGAUUUCCUGGGCAACUUUGGUGUUCUCGAUCAGCUCUCUACAGCAGGGCAGAACCUCAUCUCCGCUGCAACACAGCAAAUCAGCAUCGGCACUGGCAAUGACCCAGUCCUUGCGAGCGAAGAUGCCGUCACGUCGGCAGAGGCUGAAGCAGAGCUCAAUGCCUUUGAAGACCGGGAGCUUGAACCGUUUAUCAAGCCUAUAUGCGACCUUUUUCUAGAAGCCUUUGAAUUAAAUCGCGGCAACAACUGGCUGCGCGGCCGAGCGGUUGUUGUUGUCUUGCACCAGCUGCUUGGUGGCACUAUCGAGCGUAAAGUUCGCGAUAGUGUCCGCUCCGCCUUCCAGGAUGAACCACUCAUGCGCCAUCUCACUCUCCUGCGCACUACCAUGUGGCCCGACGGGCAAUUGCGCAAAUUCAGUCCUCGCUCUGACGCCGAACGACGCAAGAGUCGAACAGAGGCAACAGUGGUCCUCGCCACCUUGAUCCCAGACCUAGCAGCGAAUGUGGUCGGUCGAGCAAAUGCGCAAGCUGCCGCCCGCCGGAUCUUCGCUACACUGAACAACAAGCCCUUGAACACUCAUCUCGCCUUUACCCUGCUUGAUGAAAUUAUCCUUGUUUUCUUUGGCAGUCGUGUCCGCUGA